AUGAAUGGAAAAUAUUUAGUGAUUGGUAUAACAGGGGUAACUUGUGGAGGAAAAACAAGUCUUAGUAAAAAACUCAUUAAUCUAAUAAACCAGCAUGCCCAAUAUUCCAAAUUUAAAAUAAAUGUGAAAGUGAUUUCCCAAGAUGACUAUUUUCUUGAUGUUGAAGACAAGAGGCAUGUAUGGGUUGAAGAAAUUCAACAUAUACACUUUGAUAUCAUAACCAGUAUAGACAUGGAUCAGAUGUAUAAAGAUAUAUUAACAAUAAUUGCAAAUCAACCACAUUAUGCAGAGCAUAAAUCUGCACAAGAAAAUGGCUCCCAAGACAAAAACCAAGAAUUAAUAUUAUUCCUUCAAGGUUUACAAAGGGAUGUAAACAUUUUAAUCAUAGAAGGAUUUUCAAUCUAUGAACAUGCAGAAGUUUAUGAACUAUGUGACCUGAAGUAUUUUUUUACCUUGGACUAUGAGGAAUGUAAACGUCGGCGGCUGCUUCGUGUCUACGAACCUCCGGAUUGCCCUGGGUAUUUCGAACUUUGCGUUUGGCCGGAAUAUCUGAAAUACUUGCAGUUAGUUCAAGUUAAAUCGGAGGAAAAUAAAGCAAGGGGUGUUACAUUCUUUGAAUCAAACAGUGUGGAUAGAAGUGUUCAAGUCUUCAAAGAUAUUUUUCAACAAUUAAAAAACUAAUAUUGCAGGAAUAAAUUAUUAUUGUACAAUAUUUUUAAUCUUUGGCUAUUCAAUAAAAACAAUAAUUCAGGA